GCAUGAUCGCACUUUUCUCCAUCCAAACCCAUGCCAUGUCCGCGCACCGCACCCGCAUGCGCUUGGAAUCCGAUCGAUGUGUCUCGCUUGUCCGUGACCUAGCGCUGGAGCCUCGGGAGAUGGCAUCAUCUGCCCUCGUCACGUCUAGACCGUCUGCGACUCGGCCCUCGUAGCCCCGAUAUGGCGUCCGCUUCACGGCGGGCUCUUCAAACAGAGCAGGUACACAGCAAGCACGCGCACGCGCACGCCACCACGACCACUGCGGCACAUCACACGGGCGCCUGCUCUGACCGUGUUCCCCGGGGCAGCGUGCUGCCUGGACCAGGCCGCCCCGUCUGCUCGACUUAAAGCACUGGCGCCGCUUGCCUCGCUUCUGUAUAUCGACAUCCAGGGUCCAGAGGCGCUUUUGUUCCUACGCCACCUCGAAUCAGAUACCCGUCGACUCUCGUACAGAAAACACAGCAGCGAACAUGGCGCGCGGCAGCGUUCCACAGGCAACGCUAUCGAGCGAGAUCAACACCGCCACCAGGAGUCUGCACACAGAACUCAACAAGCUCAUUACCGCACGCGUGCCCUUUGCGCUCCCGCCCCUCGCAAGCGACCCAAAGCUCUACACGACCGGCCUCCUCCACUUCGCGCACAUCUUCCUGACCUUCGAGUCGCUAUGGAACGAUCUCCUGCCCACAAAUCCGCCAGGCGCCGCAGCAUCACCGCCAACGUCGCCGUUGCUCUCCUUCCUCCUGGUCAAUCCAUACGCUGAGCCCGAGCUCUUCACGUCACCGCCCUCGCCACAGACCGUUGCAUUUCUGCAGCGCCUCCGACCCAAGGGCCUGGCUAGGUCAGCCAGGAUCAAGAAGGACUUGCAGUACCUGAGCGGUCUGCACCCCACCGACUUCGACGUCAUGCUGGCGCAGUACCCGGGCGACAAGGUUGCCGACUUCUGCGCGCACAUCAGGAAGAGCGUCGGACCCAAGCCGCACGUCCUGAUCGCGUAUGCCUGGUGCUUCUACAUGGCCGUGUUCUCCGGCGGUCGCUGGAUUCGCGGGGAGCUCGGCAAGGCGGGGCCCGAGUUCUGGUCGUCUGGCGCAGACGCGGGGACCCAAGACGCAGACGCCCCGCUCACGGAGAAGGGCCUCUCCCUGUGGUCAUUCCCCGGCAUCCAUGACGGCGAAGACAUCAAGGGAGAGUUCAAGGAUCGGCUUCUCGGUGCGGAGGCGCUGUUCACGCCCGACGAGCGCGUCGACGUCAUCGAGGAGGCGAAGACCAUCUUCAAGCUCUGCGCGGGACUCGUCCACGAGCUCGACGGCGCGCUAGGCACCGACUUGGAGCAGCUGAAGCGCAUGAAGGCCGCCCCGCCACACGGAAAUCAGAUGCACGGGAAGCCUGACAAGAGCGAGGCGGUCACGUCCAAGGAGUCUCACCAGGCGUUGCGCACGUGGUUUCAGCGACCUGAGGUCACGAGUGCAGCUGUCGCGCUCGGGUGCCUGGCGUGCGCGGGUGUGCUGUGGCUGUCUUACUAAUUGCUCGGCUUCUCGUUGCAUGGCGCGCAACAUGCGGUGUUUGAAAUAGUUCCAGGUUUGGCGCUGGCUGGUGUUCUGGCAGAUACUGAGUGGGUGGGUUUCUAUUUGGAUGGCCGGUAUUUUUGGAUGAACUGCAUGCACACUUUAACGAUACCCCGAUAGCGUAGACAUGCAUUUGUAGAGUCUUUACUAGACCGUCGCAAACUACAAGAAUCUUC